AUGUCAACGGCUAUGACAUUUGGUCAGAAACAAUUUAUACCCACUGCACCAGAUAAGGGCAGUUUUCCUUUGGAUCAUGAGGGGAUUUGCAAAAAAAGUAUGGUCAGGUAUAUGAAUUGCUUAUAUGGUAACAACAGUGAUAAUUCAAAAUGCAGAACUGAAGCCAAGGAGUACUUAGCUUGCCGAAUGGAUCAUGGUUUAAUGGCUAAAGAAGACUGGUCUAAAUUAGGUUUUAAAGAAUUGUCAUCAUAA